AGUCAUAUAGUUCACACAAGGGGGUGUUUGCUGUUUCUGAGCUGGCAGCACUCUGCACUGAGCUGAAGAGGAAGAAGAGGAGCGGGAACACAAGACCAGGCUCACCUGUACUCACCUGAAAACUACAACACAAAGAUCAAACAUGGCAAACAAAGGUCCCUCCUACGGUCUGAGCCGUGAGGUCCAGAGCAAAAUUGACAAGAAGUACGACCCGGAGCUGGAGGAGAGACUGGUGGCGUGGAUCAAAGCUCAGUGUGGCCCUGGCGUGGGACAGCCUCAGCCAGACAAGAUCGGCUUCCAAAACUGGCUCAAGGACGGCUGCGUGCUCUGUGAGCUCAUCAACAGCCUGCAUGGAGCCAACAAACCCAUCAAGACCAUCAAAACGUCCACCAUGGCRUUCAAGCAGAUGGAGCAAAUCUCCAUGUUCCUCAAAGCUGCUGAAAGUUACGGCGUUGUCAAAACGGACAUGUUCCAGACUGUCGAUCUGUACGAGGGAAAAGACCUGGCUGCUGUCCAGAGGACCCUGUUGGCCCUGGGUAGUCUGGCUGUCACAAAGAGUGACGGGAAUUACAAAGGAGAUCCCAACUGGUUCCCUAAAAAGUCUCAGGAGAACCGGAGGGAGUUCUCGGAGGAUCAGCUGAACGAGGGCCGGAACGUCAUCGGCCUGCAGAUGGGCACGAACAGAGGGGCGUCCCAGGCCGGCAUGACAGGCUACGGCCGGCCGAGGCAGAUCAUAAACAACCCCUGAGCCUGAGACGGGAAUCAAACCGUCGUCCUCGUCCCCUCUGAGAGAGCCGUCAGCAGGGAGGGAGAAACUCUUACUCUUCAUCUGCAAGGGGGAAAAAAAGUGACCUGAGUGACUGCUUUUUCAAGACAAACUGGACCAAAAAGCACAUGUGGGAAAGACUGAUAAUGACACACACACACACACAGACCUUAGGCUUGUAUCUCACAGGGCUGGUUUGACACAACAGGUGCCAUUUUUUAAUUUGGUAUAAGAAUGAAUAUUUAUGACAUGUUUGCACAUAACUGCAAAUAAAUGGAGAUUUUUCUGCAACAGAUGUGUUUUUUUUCCUUCCAAUUUAAUCAAUGUUUUGUUGCUAUAAGUAAAUGYAAACUUUAGAUUCAAAGGUUGCCAAAUUCUCAGUUGUCUCGCACUUUCUAUCCCAUGGAAACAAAAAUGAGACGACAACUCUUAACUGUUGAGAGGAAAAUGUUAUAUAAUAUAUUUGAAAUUUGUGCAAUGCAAACGUCAGGCACUUUGACUCGCAUGAGGAAAUUAGAAACUCAAACGGUUUAUAAAACGUUUUAGAAACUUGCAAACGACUAUAGUCUCAGCCCAGUGAGAUACAGGCUCUAAACUUUAAAACUUUACCAAACCUUUGUUAAUUCUGCUUUCAAGAUUCUUGUCUAUUGAAUUGUAUUUUUAAUUCUAGUAGAGAAAAUGUCUCCUUAAAACAUGCUUUUAAAAUAUGAAAAUUGUGUCUUCAUUUAAGUAAACUCGUAAAAAUUAUCACUUUCAAAUUGAAUUAAUUUGUUUCAUCACCGGCAGCAAUUAAAACAUUAACUGGUGGUGCAUUCAAGGACAUGCUAAUCUGAGUUUUUUGAUGAUAAAAACAAGAUCCAUUAUUUGA